GUUUGCGAAAUUCCUCCACACGUCGCGAUUGGCUGAGGCCGCCGGCUUUUUUUACGUUUGUGUACGUUUGCAGUGUGUGUCCUUGUAUGUGUGUGUUUGAAUGUAACGGAGGGUAUUUUCCCAGGCAUCCACAGGUUGCCCGUGCUACACAGGGAAUGUACGGGCUGUUGAGAAAGAGACUGCGAUCACAAUAAGGGGGGAAAGUGACAGAAAUUUUCCAGCGCUUUGGUGUGUGGAUCUUGGAGCAGCUGCGUAACCGCGUCCCUUUUUCUGCGCGAUGACAGAGGUGGUCAGUCCAGUGUCCAUAAUGGUGAGUGCGUUACCUCUAUUGAAAAAAUACAGACACAGUUUUGUACAAUAACCGAGAGUGUGUCCCUAUGAUUAGAAAAUGGAAACUUAAUAUAUGUUUCCUCUCUACAUCAAAUGAUGCUUAAUCCACGGCUCAGGAAGUUCUUUACAAUGUUUGUUCCUUCAGUGAUUGUUAAACAAAGUCUUAACUGAGUCUAAUUCCGGAUUUGGAUCUUAGCAAAUCAAACACACAAGAACUUUUGUUUGUUAUUAAGCUGACUAAACCCCCCUGCAAAGAGGCAUAUUGUAAGCUGUUAAAGGGAAAAACACAAUGACCAGAAGGAUAUUAAUUUGUGUUGGUUCCCUGAUAACACAAGUAGCCUAAAUGAAAUAUUAAAUCAAUGUUUUGUCUAUUGAACCUCAUAUGGGAUAACAGCAAGCCAUUUUCCUCAUCAAAUUCCAAGGAUACAAUUAUUUUCAGUGAAUUAGGGCACUGUUUUAGCUGAUACUGUAAAUAAGUCCAUGACUCAUCUGUACCUAAUUUAUCACAGUAUGUAGCGCCCACCUUAAUUCAUACAUUCAUGUGGAGUUGCUUGAAAAACCAACUUAAAUGUGCCAAACUAAUCCAUCAUAUGACUUUUACCAUUUGCAACCUCUUCAACAAGCUCGCUCUUAAAGGGAUAGUUCAAUCUUUUAGUGGGGUUGUGUGAAGUCGAGUACAUUGAUGGACUGAUCAUGCAGACCAUGGGUUUCGUCAUUAUGCAAAUAUAGCAAUGGCUGAAAACUUUCCGUCAAGGCACACCUCCGUUCGUCUCCUCUCUGAUAACUGAGGACAGUCUUAAAAACAGUCAUCAAGCCAGUUAGGCAGGGAACUCUGGAGAGAUGCUGUGUGCCUUAAAUAGCCGCUGAUUCAGUCCUGAAGUGUUGUUUCUUACCACCCUUGUCAGCAGUCGCUCUCUGAACUCAUGGGCCCAAAGUUUACUGGCUUGUACCACCAGGUAACUUGGCUCUCCAGGUACCUCCUAUAUAAACUGAUCUUAUUGGAUUUGGUUGUCCUUCCAGAAAAUAACAAGCAGUGGGUUAUGUGGUACUGGUUCUGUUGGUUACAUAGCAGAAAGAAGUCUGCAUCUUCUGGCUCUGAAUCCUGCUGUAAUAUUAGGUUGAAGGUUGUCUUUGGCGGUGUCCAACCACAGCUCCCUGCCCGAAAAGCAUCUGUAGGUUUGGGUUCUUUAGAUUUGUGAAACAUAUGGUGUGUAUAAAUGUUGAUUAAUUUCUGCAAAACUGCAUAUGGAAUGCUGAGCUCAUGUUAAAACCAUCAAACCUGUUGAGUUGGCUCUGAUCAUAAUGUGAAAAACAGCAGUAUAGAUGAGAUCUGCCACAAGAAUUCAGUGUAUGGAUAGUGUUUUUAUUCUGAGGAUAUUGUACAUUUACUUAUUCUAUUUUUCUUUUAAUUUACAAGUAAUCUGUUUCCCUCAUCUCUGGAUUAUUUAGUCUCUCUGUUUAUCUAUUUCCUUUUUCUUUAUCUCCCAGACUUCCCAUCUCUCUCCUUAUCUCAGGGUCCAAUCAUUCGGCCUCCAUCUUUCUUUUCUUUCCAGGAAUCACAGCUCAAGAUCAUCCUGUGACGUUCAUUACUAAUGUGGCUUGUAUGUCCCGCGACAAAUUCACUGUCUCUCUCUGUCCCUCUGUCCCUCUGUCAUAUCCGGACCUUUAGAAACCCAAACAUCACUUGAUCCCCUGCAUAUGGCGGGCCAAGGUAGUCUGGUCCCUUCCAAAGAAACACACACCCUCUAAAAAAAUCCAGGCUAAAUUUCCUCUAACUUUGAGUCAGCUGCAACAACAAUGGGCUUUCUUUCCUGUGAGGAUCUUGUGUUUCGAUAAAUGAAGGAAAAAAACCUGAUAGGAGUGUGAGAGAGUUGGAGUUGGAAGGUAAUGCUGGUGGAUGUUUGUUGUGUUUUGGAAAAGGUUCAGGGUUAAGUUGUGAUAAUCUGCUUGUAGAGUUUUUGCCAAAACAUGCACAAAUGCAUGCGUGGAGACACACAAUCUAGGAGACAUGCAGGCACACACAGAGAGGUUGAUUUAAGUGCCUUUUUUAGUAAAGGCUAGAAAGAGCAGUGUUUUAUGUUCAAGAGGAAUGCCUUUGUUCGUGUGUGUGUUUGAACAUUGACCUUUUAAACGUGUGUGCAUGCGUGGAGCAUACAUUACAUUAAUUAAAGAUUAGCUGAGGACAUUACCGCGCACAAAACUUACAGUGUGUGGUGGAUAAAACGGAGGAUGAUAACCCUAUUUAGCCUCUUUGAGGAGUUUUAAAUGAGAGACCAGAGAGAGAGAGAGGGAGUCCAUAUUAAACAGAAUCUGUGAUACAAUGCUGGCUUUGUCAGGUGGGAGGAGGAGAGGCUAAGGCUGGAAUGUAUGGGGAGGGGAUGUUAGCAAGAGACAGAGGGAUGAAGAGGAGGAGAGAUAAGGACAGAGGCGAAGACGAAAAAAAAAAAAACGAGUGUGAAGCUUUUAUAGUGAAAAAAAAUCUCAAGACCACAUAAGAGAGGAAAUUCAGCAAGACGAUGGUCAGAUUAGCCAGGCUGGUUAAGAUUUUCUGUCAUGUCUGGUUGCAUUUAAACAUUUAAAUUCCAAUAUAGACUAGAGAAAAACUAAAUUUCACUUGAAACUGAACAAGACAUUCCACGUAGCAAUGGGCUGCUAUGCUAGCUGGUUCCUAAAACCAAUAGUACCAGUAUUCUGUAUGCACAUGCACAUUUGGGCCUCCAACAGUUGGACUUUCGCAAGCAAAUGCAUAGCUAGUAACUGAAAAAUAAGGCAAUUACUCUUGCAAAAGUCAUGUCUUACUCACAAACUUUACAGCAAAAAGUAAGCAAACUUUGAGGGUUCAAUGUUGUAGGUUGCAGUUACGAAUCAGUCUGGAUGUUACGAUGAUGUAACCUCAUGAAUUUGUAGUGGGCUGACAUUGGUGCAUGCUCAGUCAGAAGUUUCCCCCCGUGGAUGUCAACCAUGAACAUCAAUUAAUACAUACAUUAAUACAUAUAGGAUGGACAGCGUCUGCCUCCUCGCUGGGUGAAGCCACCCGAGAACAGCACCCUCUGGUGACGAGCUGCAGUAUAGCUAAUAAAUCCCGCCUCGGCCAGCAAAGCUUAUUGAGCUGUGGACAAACUAGAAAUUUAUUACACAGAACAUAAUUUUUUUCCCCCUUGCUUGCGAUGUUGACAUGUAGUUACUGUAAGACUGGUUUGUGCUUGAGUCCUCUUUUUUUCUGUGCGUACAACGCUACUGCACAAUGUUGGCUUCAGGAAGUGGAGAAAAAUUACCGCGAGCUUUUCGGCUUCAAAUCCGUAUACUGGCGGAAGGCGGAACCAAGUUGUCUGUAGUAUAUACAGUCUAUGUUCUAGACAUUUUGGCCCUCAGACCAAAAACAUUCAAUUGUAUCAUUUUCCCUCAAAUUUUCACCACUUUUUCUGACAAUAACCAGAAUAAGAUUUCAUACAAGAUUUCUUUUAGGGGAAAAAAGUUACUCAAUCUUGUUAGCUAAUGCCCCAAAAGAAUCUGCUCCAAAUCAGCAACACCAACAACAUUUGGAUUGGCCUAAGUUGUGGUCAUGAGAGUGUAGAGGACUACAAAACCAGACAGCAACAAUAAUGAAGAAGGUACAUGAAACAGAGAGAAAAGCAAAACAGAUGUGGAGGAAAUAAAAGCAGAGAGGGGACUCAACAUGAAAUGAGGGAUGGCAGAAAAUAAGAAGAUGAAACGAAACAGUUUGAGAAUUCAGAGUCUGUCCUUUAAGUUUUAUGAGUCCUUUGUCUUCUUGUUUUUUUUUCCUCGCCCCAUAUUUUUCUCUUCUCUCCUCUGUUUGUGUCCAGAUGCAGGACGAAGAACUGAGCAUUUUGUUGAGACUCAGCUGUUCUACAGAUGGGAUCAAAGAGAGACUCUGUGUGCACUUUCUACUCAUGUCUUUGUGAUUACGAAACUCUGUGUUUGUGACAUUGUUUUAGCUAGUGGUCGAUUAUUUCAUGGGUUGUUUGAGGCGUACAUCAGACAAAGAGCGAGGACUGGUUCAGUAGGGCUGGGACUGGAAAACUUUCCUUCGACAGGAAAAACUAACCUUUGAAAACUUUCCAGAUCUUUCAUAUCAUGAAGUUCCAGGCGUUAGUUUGUGAAAAUAUGAAAAGUUUACAUUCCCUCUUUCCUCCUAGGCUGACUCAUAUGUUCCUCAUUGUUAACCUGCCUGUCCAAGUAUAUCUGACUUUUCCCAGAUAUAGAUUGUGACUGAAAAUCUCCUGGCAUGGGGAUGCUUGUGUUUAGGUUAAGUUUGUAGUUGUGUUUGAUUUUGUGUUUCUUCUCACUUUGACAUUAAAGAUAUGUGCAGACUGACUGAAAGCAAAACCAGGUUUAGAUCAUCAUAUUCUACCAUUAAACUCCAUUGUGUGAUAAAAAAAAUAAGACAUUUUACAAAGUUAAGUUUGUACAGAAACAUGAAAACUGACAGACAAAAUGUCAACUUUGUUGUUCAUACUGUUGUGUAUUAUUCCACCUUUAUCCAGUAAAAUAACUGAAUGGCUUACCAACCCUCAUACCAACCUGCCUAUUUGUCUUCAACUGGACCACGCAUGCAUCAAACAAGGAAAUUGCGAUAGAGAGAUAGUUUGAGAUGUACUCAUGGACUUGACUUGCACUAGCAGUGAGAUGUCUCUGAGUUCAGGGGAAGCUGGUUUCCAUCAUUCAUCCACUAUCUUUACUGCUUAUCCCAUCCAGGGUCAUAGGGGACUGGAGCCUACCCUAGCACCACAAGGCGAGAAGUAACUAAGGAUAGUAUCAAAAACUAGCUCACUAUUGUUGAUUAUUCAAAGUCAUAGGACCCAGAUUUGUUGAUGAUGUGAUAUUGUCUGAACAAUCAUUUUGAAAAAGAAAAACAUUGAUAUUGAUUGGAAUCCACUUGAUUUACACAACUUCAGUUUUUUGUUUCUUUCUUGGUUUGUCUCUAUAAACGUUUGCAGUUUGAUAGAUUUGACAAAAAGCUCACAGUGGGUCGGUCAAAGUUUUUAGUUUGUAUGUGGUGCAAUAAUUCCACUCUCCACCCUAUAUUGACAUGUGAAGCUAAUGUGGAAGUGCAAAAAUACCUCAUGUGUCCAUGUUUGGCUGGCUCCAAAAGCCUGAAAAUCCCCUUAAAAUCAUUUAAUCUACCAGGGCCUGACCAGGGCAGCUUUAAAAGCCUCUAAAAUACCAAUAAAUCUUUUAAAACUUGUUUUUAUUCUGUUGUCAACAUAUUUUUUUUCCAAAGCUACAAAUUCUCAGGCCAUCCAUUCAUCUCAUACCUGAGCUCCUGAGUCCAGAAGCCCUGAUAGGGUCAGAUUUAGUGGUUUGAGAUCGUGAAGAUCCCUCAGGACACUGGAGCUGUAAUCUGAAAAUCUAGAAGCAGGUUGACACACUUCACUGCUUUGCAGAAACCAGAGCGUAACAAAGCCAAAGACUUGUGUUGACUUGCCCAGACUGGAGCUGGCUUGAUGAAAGAAGAGGACUUGGAGGGUUAUGUGGGGAAAAUAGGCGACUGAAAGACAAUAGGGAGGAACAAUUGAACAAGAAAAAAUCAACUUUGUUUACAUAUACCAGACCGGGACGUCCUCUAAACUUUGAAAUUUGACUCCGGCCUUUAUUUUUCAUUCAGUUUCAGCUGUGACUUUACUUUUGUCCUUCUCGUGUUGCCAUCAUACGCCGUGUGUUUGCUUUGUCUACACGAGUGAUGAAAAAAAUCAGUGGAAUGUCAAGCCUCAUAUCUUCAAGUGAUAAAAAAAAGAGCUGAUGUGCGACUUUAUUUGUGGAUAUUUCCUGGUGCUUGCAGGUUACAUGGGUGAAAGCAGUGCAAAGAAUAGCAAGUGUGUGCAUGAGCGUGUGUUUGUUAGUGUUUUUAAAGGCAAAAAGGGUGUCAAGGCAGCGAAGGAAGUGACCUAAGAGAGGAAGCUGGCGCUGAAUUAGAGGAAGUGGUACGGGCCGGCUUUGAUAUGCGCUUCCUCUGUUGGGGAAAGGAAAAGAGAGGAAGAUGAGAUUAAAAAAGCAGAAUAGAAAAGAGAAGUGAAAAAGAAAUAGGAGAAAAAAUAAAGAAGAGCAGGAGAAGACGGGAGGGAAAAUUUGUCAGAAAAUGCUCCGAGAGUGGAGUGACAGCAAGGAAAAUAUUGUAAAAACAAGGAGACUAAUGGUGGAAACAGUGAGAGGUGGCUGGUGUAUAUUAUUACAGGAUUAUUACAGGAUAACAUGGAGGAAGAAGAGUAUAACAAGGAGAGAAAAGAGGAGGAGAGGAAGGAGAUGACAGAAGGUGAAAAAGGAAAUGUGGUUGGGGUGGUUUCCCAUACUGUAAUCAUCGCUGCUUUGGUGAGAAGCAAUUCACUCAUCCAUCUGGUGGAUUUGUGUGUGUGCAUUUGUGCGUGUGUUUGUGUUAGUGUCUCUGUUUAGGCACACACAAAUAGAAGCAGGAGUGUUUUUCCUGUGUGCAAUUGAAGGGUAUACAGCAGGGCUUGUUCUUGGCUCUGGAUCUGAGUGUACAACGCAUUUAUUCGAGGCAGUUUUGAUUGGGUUUACUUUUAUCUGACUCUGUUUUGAUUCCUCCUUAUGGUUCAAAACGCUCCUCCCGUUCAGUGCCGGUUAAGUCCUACCCUACUAUUUCAGACUUUUCUUUCUGGCACUGUGCCUUUCCCACCCUUUUAACAUUUUUUACUUGAUUUUUCUUCCUUUAUCUCAGACUCCAAUGCCAAGUAUUACAAAAUAAGGAAAAAGCAGAGCCCAGCUUGGUGCCCUCUAGAGGAAGAAAUGUUAAUUACAUCCUAAAAUGGAACAAACAGCAUACAAUGACUUUUUAAUCUAAGGUUUGUCCUGAGACACAAGAGGACAGUUUUUAGAGCCUCCACAUAAAAGUCUGACUCUUAUUAGCAAACUUAUCCAAAUGAAGCGAAGGUGACGACAGAAUAAAAACGAUAUUAAUCACUCAGCACAAACAUAUUAAAAGCACCAGGCAGUGUGAUGAAAGUCCAUAACCAACAAGUUGUGGGAACCCUCUGUUUUCAUGGAAUAUUUCUGCCACUUGUUCCCACUGAAAGCCAGCCUGUGUGUGCCUCUGAGUGUGUUAGUGUGUAUGUGUGUGUCCUCUUAAGUGGUAUUUUCCCCAUGGAACACUUUCACACGGGGAGAUCCUCUCAUGUGGCAGCAGCUGGCCCUGAAAAGUACACUUGUUUUUUUUUCUUUGUGUGUGUGUGUGAGUCUGUAAGUGGCUGUCAUUUGUACAGAUGUGUGAUACUUGUGUAACCCUACCAAAGCAUGUCUAUAAAAGGUUUUUCUAGUUAAAGAAUGAGUGUUUGAAAUCACAUGUGCUCUGAGUUACAGUCAGAGGAGGAAGUCAAGUGAAAAAAAACAAUCCCAACAGGGUGAGGGGUUUAAUUUUACCUAACCUUAAAGCUACCAUGAGGAACUUUUGGUUCAUGUUGGAUCUGACGCCCCCUUGUGGACAAAAAAUAACCUUUUAUUUCCUGUCCAGUAUAUAUGAAAUCCCACCUUGUUGUCUUGUGGCAAUGACAUGUGUCACACAGCGUGAGUAUUUACCAUAGAAAUAAUUUAAAAAGCUGUUUCUUCCACCUGUCAAUCAUCUGGUCUGAAACCUACCCUCUCAUAGCAGUUUCAGGCAUUAAAAACUGCAACAGAGAAAUGAUCAACCUUGUUGCUGAUGGUUUCAUCUGCUUUUAAAGGUCAUAAAGAGGCAUCAGGAUCUGUUUUGAUCUAUUUAUCAAUCAGUUAAAAACUCCCCACGGUGCCUUUAAGAUGCAUUAUCCUGCUUUUUGCCUGGCUAUCAACUAAAGAAAGUUAACUUAACACUGGUUUAAAAAUGUUUUAUAUGUGCAGCUAAAAGAGCGGCCUCUCAGCUUUGAUCAUCUGCAGUACUUUUAUAUCAACAGUGGUCUUACCAGACAAAUAAACAUUGACCCGGAUAUUUUCAUUCAUGUUAAAGUCAUAACGUUAGCCCUCUUACUUUAAACCAAACUUUUCAUUCACAGUAAAGUCAAAUCUUACUCUCACCUGUUGCUUUUAAAGUCUUUCGGCAUUUGUUUUUAAAACUGCCAAAGCCUAUACCUUAUUGCAGUUCAUCAUGACCUUGUGUCUGUUUUCUUGCUUCUUGUCUUCUUUUCUCUUCUGGUUAGCAAUAAAUCACUAAUCUGAAGUUUGGUGCUCUCCAAAUAAUCUCAGACAAUCCUUGAAAUAUUCUCCUACACCACCAAAAACUAACAUUCUGGCCCUUUGACAAUGGGAUUUAGAGAAAUGAAAGGCUGUGAGGUGUUUGUUUGACCUGGUUGCCCUUGGUGUUGCUCCUGCCAUUCAGAAUUAAUUACUAAUGUUGUUGGGAUUUGACCAAUCAGAGUAAAGUAGUUAACAGAAAGCAGGGUGAUUAACUGUUUUUUUUCUUCUCCUAUGUUGACUGCAGGACUCUGAGAUGAUGUUCCAACCAGAGUCAGAUCAGAUGUCUCCUGAACCCAAGGUGAGACAAUACACAUACAUCCGCAAGUGUUAAUAUAUCAGCUUAUAUAUUUCCUAAACCUUUACCUGAUAAAGUGGUUACAUUUAUUCGGGGUUCAUGCAUUCCUAGUUUGAGAGAAAUGAGGGAUGUUUUGAAAAUGACCCCCUCCCUUCUGACUGAUGCCUCUAGUCUCCACCUCUGGACCUCAUCGACACAGGAAAGGGACUGAAGGUGCAGACAGCAACUCCUCAUCUAGUGAGCCUGGGCAGCGGGAGGCUGAGCGUGGCAAUAACCCUGCUGCCCCUUAAAGAAGGUAAAACACACUUAAAAACACAAACACGCACAUUCUUACCCACAGCAUACUGCCGGGGUUAGAAUUACAGGGUCAUACAGUAGCCAUCCAUCUUCCCAUCACUUCUCAGUUACCAGGACCAUAAAGAGUUUCACAAAUCAUGAAAAACUGCCACCUGUGGAGAAAACAGACCCUUCUCCCCUUGUCUGAGUUUCACCACCUUUCCUUGACCUACCCUUUUCUGGCAAUAAGAGGUUCAUUUCCAUAGUUAACUGCGGUGUGACUGGGUUAAAGUCAAGUGAAGAUCCAAGUCAAUCCUCAAGAUCCCUUCAGAUUGAAAACCCAUAUUUACAUAAGAUAAUUCAUCCGCAACUGAAGACUUUAUUCUUGGUGCAAAAAUUACCCCACUUACUGUUUAUGGCGCAGACUAAACCCACAGUUUACAGCGUCAAAAUGAGGACAACGCUGUGCAGACAGACUGUGAACCCAAACAACUAUAAAACAGACAUGACUCAAGCUACAAACUACUGGUUUUAUGACUUCAUUCACAACAGAGAGAAAGAACCAGCGCCAUUAAAAUGAAAGAAAAACAUCCACACCACUUCUCAAAGAGUAUAGAAGUCAGCUCAAGCUGUUUUUCAGUCUAAUCGGCGUGCGAACACACUCACACACGUGUCAUUAUCACAACAUAAUGGCUGUGUUAUUAAAGUUAUUUUUAGUUUCUCUAUCAUCAGCCGCCCACAGGUGUCAACACGCCCCCCACUCUCAAGCCACAGGGGCCAAAGCCUCAUUAGUAUACCAUAACAGAUCCGUCAGGGGCGAACACUCAGAGAUGCUUGUAUUACUGGUUAUAAGUCAUAAGCUUGCACAUAUUGUAGAUUAAAUACUUCGGCAUUAUUUUGAAAGCAGCGGUUAAACUGGUAACCCUCGUGUGCACUCAGGGAACACGUCAUGUUUGGAUCACAAAGCUCUCUUUCUCUACCACAUGAGAGCAGUGGAGUGAGACGUUUCACCGGCUUCAAACAUGGAUUGAUACUUGACAGCUGGAUUAAGUCGGCACAUGAUCACACUAAUAGGUUGGCUCUCGGGAUUAAGAGUUAAUGAAGCCGCUUUUAAACUUUUAGAAUAUUGUGUUCUCGAUCGUGUUGAAAUCAAGAGUCAGUUACAGUUCAGAGUUGCUCUAAAACUAAAGUCAGCAUUGUGAUAUCUGCCAAUAUACUUUUUUUCUUUUUUUUGCACAAGUCCUACCACAUUGCCACACACUUUCACAAUCUCCCAGCUUGGUGUUCCCUUCUAUUUCAGUGAGGAAUGUGCACAAUGUGAAAAGGCCAUUUUAGGAGAGCUGGAGGUCUGGUUUCUUCAGCUUUUGUACACUGCAGAACAACAACCACUUCAAACGCUUUAAACUGAAAAAGGUGUGAAGCCUAAACUAUGUUUUCUGUGUUUUUUAUCCCACUAACAAUCACAUCUGUAUUAUCUGAUCUUCCAGGAGUUACACGUAUAGGCAGAGAAGAUGCUCCUAUUCCUCAAGACAUCACUAUCCAGGGGCCUGGCGUCGAAGCGGAGCACUGUCUCAUCUUCAAUGAAGGUUGAUGUCAGUUCAAAAUGAUUCAUUAUGCCUCUGACUCAAUACAGUCAUCUUAGCUUUUAAAGACCAACCAGAGUUCAGAGCUCAUGACAACUCUUGUACCCAACAAGGCUUUUAAUCUUAGUGUGGCAUGCAAUAUAAAAACCUUACCUUAAAGUUAUCCUAGCAAAAAAUAUCAGUUGUUUGCAUCAACCCAUCCAGUAUGUAAUUAUAACUGGCCCUCAGGUUUCAUAAAAUUCAUCUGGACCCACAGCAGGAGCUGCUCUUGGCCCCUUCACGCUUAAAAACAAACAUGUGUACCGAAACUUCAGAGAGCAUUUUUUUCCCAAUCCUCACCCUACAAAAAUCACUACUGUUAAAAGACUGUCAGUAGUUUUAUGAAAACAUUAUACUUAAGUUUACCUCACACGAUUGAAGUAAAAACAGAAACAACCCUUGGUUCAGAAAGCAACUGCGGCAGAAGAAAUAUCCCUGAACCUGAUUUUAUUUGCUGUAAUCAUUCAUUUUACUUACGAAUAGCCUGCCUUCGAUUUUAGAAAAAGUUUUGAGGAAAACCCAGUGAUGAGCCUCAGUAUCUAAUGAUUUUUCCUUUUUGGGGGUCAAUAAAGUUCUUGUAUUGUAUUGUCUCAGAUGACUAAACAAUUGUCUUAAGCAAUAACCAGAACAAGAUUUUCCCGAAUAUAAUCAAUCCCUUAUGUCUUAUCAUUAUCUUGAACACAGGGGGAGUGGUUACCCUGGACCCCUGCGGUCACCUCUGCAGCCUGGAUGGAGUCCAGGUCACUGUGCCAACUCCCCUCACACAGGGUAGGAUGACCGCACUCUCUGCAUGGACACACACAAACAUGUUUUGAUAUGUUGCCACCUUCUGGUCAAUAAAAGCGGUGGAGGUAAAGCGGGGUUAUAGUCACAUGGAGUGAGCUAACUUUCAGAAUUUCAAAACUCAAGAGAGAGAGAGAGAGAGAGAGAGAGGUUAGCUCGUGGUUUGGUUAACUUGCAUUCCUUUUAGUGUAUGUAUGACUCAUAUGGGCUCAGUUAAUAUUGUGCUGACUUUUUGCAUAGAGACAGCAGAGUGUAUAGUAUGUUUGUGUGAGUUUGUGUGUGUAUUUGUCACAGCAGUGUAGAUGCUUAAGUUCGUGUGAGCAUUUCAACAUGCUAGUGUGUGUUUUGCAUGAUGUAGUGGAUACGUAUGUGGCCCUGGUUUGGUUUAAUUUGUUGUGGUUUGGAACAGCAAGCUGCGCAAAUGAGUCACAGCUUCCAGCAACUGCAGAGCAUGCACAGCUAACUCUGGUACAGUACGGGCAUCGAAAACUCGCAAAGCACUCACAUAAAAACAGUGGGGCCUCCAAAAUGUGGAUAUAUUUCUUUUUCUAUCUCUCUGUCAACUCAGGUCCACGUGCCAUCUGUUUUUUGUCUGCUGGUAUCUUGAUCUGUUUAUCUCCUGUCUGUUUUCUAUCUUCUCCUCUCCCCUCCAGGAUUCCUUCUCUGGAUUUUCUCAGCUGCAGAGCUCCCUCUGCUUCUCUGUUUUUGCCAGCUGUAACAAUUUCCACUCAGUUUUUCUUACUUUUCCUCUGUUAUUUAAUAGAUAACACACGAUACAUCGGCUUUUCCUUUACCGUGUGUCAUUCCUUUCUGUGUUGUCUUUUUUCCUUCUCAUUGUGUCCUGGUGGCUGAGCCCCUUUAAGUUAAAUAUUGACAGGCCUAUUUAUUUUCCCCGCUGUGCCUGGCUGAUUCAAAUAUUGACAACAAUUUUGUGUGUCUACACAUACAAGGCCGGAGCAUUGUGAAGCAGCAGGGGUGAAGAAAGGGACCGAAAGAGAGAAAGGGGUUAAAAAUGUCAAAAGGGCAUGGUUUGGAAAAUUAUGGAGGGAGCACGAGAGAGAGAGAGAGGGAGAGGACAUCUUUCAGGAAUAUCCAGUGGCCUCGAAUGCUCUGGGCUUAGUUAGUCCAACCACACACACACACACACAUACACACACAUACAUGUUUGGGGCAGUCUGGAGAUGAUUAGCUAUGUUUAGGAAGUGAUCUGUUCUGUAUUUGGGACUUUGGAGCCUGACCUGAAAUCACAUCAGCUUCACUCCUUACUCACUUGAACAGCUGGAAGUAGGUUAUUGAACAGUGAGAAAGUCAUACAACAUAAUGACACAAUGAAAACAAUGAUAAGCAGUACAAAUACUGCAUGCUGUCUUGUAUUAUAUGUAAUGAUUUAAUAUGGGGUUGCCCAACAUCUAUUCCAGCAUUUCAGCUCAGAGGUUUGGGAGUAAAACUCAACUCCCCAGGAUUCCCGCUGGUCUCAAGCAAAUGCAAAUCAAACUGCUGAAUAAAACACAGCUUCUCUCUUUUUUUAUCACACCUCGACACAUUCACAUUAAGAAGGCUAGCCUGAGCUAAGGCUAACAAAUGAAUAAAGCACAGGACAAAGUUCUACCUAAACGCGGUAAAAAUGAUUUAGAUCUUAUUUGCUUUGCAGUAUUAUCUACCCUUUAAAAAUAUCUCACUUUAUCUGCAGCCAGUCUGUCUGUCUUGCUUUCUUACAAUCACCCCCCUCCUCAUUGUUGUCUUGCUUCAAUGUCAAAUAUAUUUUAAUACGGGUUAGGUUGUCAUUUAAAGGAGUACAGCCGGCACUUUUACACGUUUAUUCACCUUCCUGUGCAGCAAAGAAGAGUUAGGGGCUAAACCAGGUCUAGAACUGUUGGAUAAAAGUAGAGGAAAAUAGGUAGGUAGACAAAGAAAGGCAGAGGGGGCGUCUACCAAAUACCUCAAUGUCUAAUAGCCUUCGAACCUACCAACACGGGACGGGGGUAGACGCCUUAUACGUCGAUUGUGUAGAUGUGUGAUUCAAUAAUUGACUCACAUUACUCUUUAGUUUUUUGUUUUUUGUUUCAUUCUGUAUCCAUUCGGCAGCGUUAUUGUUCAACAGCAAUUCUAAAACUCCACUUGUUUUGCUAAAUCCCGAACGUCCACCCCUAUUUCUUCGGAGUUGGUACAGUCCGGGAGACAGACCUGUGGAUGGUGAAUCCAGCAACUUUCUCCCUCACGGAAUCAAUAGAGGAGAGAGGAGGCGUCCUGCUGUCGAGUAGAGGAGGGAGGCAAACAACAGCAAAGACACCGGCUCAAAGUAAUACUCGUGGAUAAAGAAGUAAAUCGUACUUGUUGUAAUUUGAAGUGAGUUUUUCUCAUGAAAAUUGGAGGAGCUGAAAGGAAGGAGAUAGUGUUUUUCUCCGGGACAAGUGCUCACUGAAUGGAAGUCAAAAGGUUUGUAGCGGAUUUUAAGCCAAUUUUAUUUACAUAUAUUGAUAAAUACAUAUUGCACUGUUUUUACACAGUUAUUUCUAUUACUGCGACCUUUUAAACCUUCUUUACAUUUAUAUUAACUUGAAUUAAACAGACCAAUAGGCAGCUACGAUGGGGCUCAUCUUGCAGCUGCUGUAAAUCAAUUACAAAUCAGUGAGCCUUGUAUUUUUAUAUCUGCUUUGUGCUUUAGAUGAUAGUGUAUUUUAUCUGUCACUCUCACUUUGAUACUAAUGUCAGUUUUAUGUAUUAAAAGCUGGGAGCCAAUCCUCAUGCUCCCAGUCUGUUAUCCAUAAAUUCAUCAAAAGCUAGUCUUUACAUGUAAGUGAAGACAGAAGGCUCCUUUCACCCUCCAAGAUAAUCAUAUGCUCCUCAUCUGAUAUUAUUGAUUUCUCUUUAAAAUAAAAAAGCCAUUGUGCUCAGCUGAAAGAAGCCAAACAGAUGAGAAUUAUGCCCCAUCUGUCAGUGUGAAUCAAUGAAAUUACUUUGGCACUAAGCUGUAAUCAAUACUUAUUAUACUUUGCUUUUUCACACUGAACCUUUUUUUUUUAAAUACUGGAGAAAUCAGUGUUUUCACUCAGUCCAAAGCAUUCAGCUGUUGCAUUGCUGUUUUGUUUUCGAAGUUCAAUCACAACCAGGUUUCCGCAUCCAGCCUGCACCUUUUGAUGCAAAUAAACCCCGGUGUGCAUGCGUGCCCUCAGGUCAUAUCUGGCAAGUUCACAGACCAGUGUGAUUUCUUGUGACAAAGAAAGCUAGCCUGUGGCUGUGAGGGCAGGCUUAGGAUACCUGACACCUGAAUACAAAACCUGCUCCAUUGUCCUGGGUGUUAUUGUGUUCACGAGUAUGUUUUCGGCAUGCCUUUGGCAAAUUUGGGCUUUUUGAUCAAUCUUAAAGAUAAAGUAAGAAUUUGCUCAUUUAAACAAUCUGCAUUGUGUUUUAGUUAACUACUUUUCAGAUGGGUGGAUGAGAGUCUGUUAUUGUUUUAGAGUUUUCAGAUGGCCAGAAACGGCUGAUGAUGAUUUGUGGAUGAGUUUAAGAGGAGGCAGUUUGUGUAUGUGUGAAUAAAAGUGCGAGUGAGUGACCAAUCUAAUCUGCAUCAGGUCUCUAGGGACAGACCAGUUUGUUUUUUUAUGAUGUUACUGCUGGACCCUUGUGCCCCACAGUGGGCUAAUUUGUGGUUUUGAGGCCAAUUUACACUCCCACUGGGACCUGUGUGUGUACAGACCUGCUCUCAAAUAUGUAAUUUUAACCUAUAUGCAGCACUGUGUAGAUUAUAAGAGACUUUUUUUUAACUGGUUGAUUUAAUUCUGUCAGACUGCAGAUUUUUUUAUUGGGAUUAUCUUGACCAUGUGCCUUGGAAAUUGAAAAAGCACAUGUCGAACACGAGAUCUUCACAAUUGGUUUAUUUUCAUUCUGACCUAAUGGCCUCAGUUUGGCAAUUUCACCACUUAUGUUAACUAAACAGAGAAACAGCUUUGAGUUUCUCCUCCCAUAACAUGGUGGUGAGAGUGUAGUUUGACUCUCUUAGAUCUACAUGGGAACUGAAAUUGGUACCAGACGAGAUACAGCCCCUGCAUCUGUGUCCUCAAAGAGUUUGAGGUCGGACUUUGUAGAUCACAAACUUUAAAUUAUCCUAUAAAUGUAUAUACAGACUAGCCUUCAUUUUAGCUUGUUUUGGCGAGAGUUUGACCCCGUGUGUGUGUGUGUGUGCUCGCCGCGACAUGGGAGGCAGACUGAAUUUACUAGUAAACAAUUAAACACGUGGAUGAGAUUAAACCUGUUUAGUUGUGGAUGUCACAAAAACACACACGCUGCUCGUAUUUAUUUUUGCUGAAGAUGGGAAGGAGGAGGAGAGGAUUAGUGAGAAGUUAUUUGGUAGCUAAGGAGUCCUGAGAGGAAAUUAGAAAAAGGAGAAGGGUGGGGGGUUGUGAACAAAUCAGAGCGACACACUUUACCCUCCUCUUUUAAAGGUGGCACAUGGCGAGGCUAUUGAGGGAGGAAAUUAGAUUUUUACAAGAGCUGGCUGCUGGCAGAGAGUAUCUGUGUGUGAGUGCUUCUGCUUUUGCUGUCGUGCUAAAUACUGAGAGUAACUGUGAGUCAUUAAGCAGUCACUGUUAUGAGACAUGUCCCUACACACACAUGAAGAGUAUGAACAAGAUGGUAUAGAAAAACACACACAUUACUCAUGUCUGACAUCGACAAACACAUAUUAUUAGACCUUGCUCACCAAAAGCCUUCACGAUGACCUGUGAGAUAGUGUUUACAUGAGUAUACGUUAGAAAAGUUCCCAGUCCAGCUGUGUAGACUAAACAUUCCUUAUACUGUUUUUAUGUGUGUGGUGUAAGCAUCACCUCAGGACUUCACUCAGAUAUCCCCCCUGUUGCUGAGAAAGGAAAAAUGAAAGCUCUCCGGGCGAUUCAAGGCGAUGUUUAAACAGGAAGGACCCCUUUGGUUAAACUGUAAGCUCAAAUUCAGCUAUUAGCACAGACGUUUUAGCUUGUUAUAAAAGUGGGCAUGAGGUGAAUGUGUAAAGGAGAAAUGAUCUGAGAGGAGAGAAAAGAAGGGGAACGUAAUUCUGACAUUUUUUCCAUUCAGUCUUUUUCCAUUUGCCUCCUCGCUAUCCCCCUCCUCAUGCUUCAGUGCUUGUGUCUGACUUCAGGCUUAAGGAAUCUGAUGUAACUGUAAUGGAGCUAUUAAAGAGGUGCUUUUUUAGGCUUUUACACACAUGUGGGGGUUUACUGUAAUGCUUAUCUGAACCUCUUACCCUCAGGGAUGGAGGCUGAAAGAAUGGUGAGAGCAAAGGGCUCGCAUGUGGGUGUUAGAAAAUAGACAAAUGAAAGGUGGGCUCUUGUUUGAAGGCAGUCUUGAGAUUUUUCAGUCUCUUUUCACCCUUAAAAUGUGCAACCAGAGUAGAUCUUGAAAAUUCUUUUAUGUCAUCUUUUAACCUUUUUAAAUCUUCCUCAAAGUGUGUGUGUGUAUGUGUGUUUGUGUGUGUGUCAGCAGCACUUCUGUCUCUUUACUUCUGAGCUAUUUGGACAGCUGUGCCUGGCUGUGUGUAUUACAGAGGUUGCGACCCUGACAUCUUGUUUAAUACCUGGCCCUCUCAGCCUAAUUGAUGGCCAGAGCAAACACUGUGGUCUGGGAUGGCUGGCUAUUCACUGGUGCAUGCAAGUGUGUCUGGCUGUGAAUAAAUAUUCCAGACUUACACAAAUAUGAAGCUGUACUUGAGUCUGCCUCGUAUAGAUAUACCUAAUAGACAUGUCACCAAAGACUAUUGUGGUUUGGUUAUUCUUUAUUCUAUAACUGCCUCCAGCUGUUUCUCUGUUUUUACUUAUUAUGUCUCUGCCCUCUCCUCAGGUUAUUCUCUGUGUCUGGGUAAAUCCUAUUUCUUCCGGUUCAACCAUCCCGAGGAGGCCAGCAGAAUGAAAAGCAUGCUUCCCCAAAAGAGCCCCGUGUCUGCUUUAGCGUACAACACAGGUGAGCGUGCAAGCACACAAAAAACAUGCACAGGUUGCGAUCUGACCCUUGGUCUUGUCCUUUUUUCUUUGAUCCUCCCUCUCAGCCUUUUGUUCUGCCACAUCACCGUCUUCUCUUCCAUCUCCCCUCCCUUUUUUAUCACCAUCUAUCUGUUAUUUGUCUGUUCCAUUCCUGCCUGUUUUUUGAAGAAACAUCUGGUUCCACAGAAAUCUUUGCUCCUAUGUCCUGCCAGGAAUUUAGGAUAAUGUUACAGGUAGACGAGAUCCAGGCAGGUAUGGGAGUUGUGCGGGUGUGGGUUUGGAGAAACACUGAAGGGAUGGGAGGGGGGCAGGUAUUUCUUUCAGCCCUCUCGUAUGUCUUCCCCUCCGAACAUACGGUCUCGCUGUCAAACAUAUGCUGAAACUUUAAAUCAGAGCAUAUUGGAAUGUUUUUGUCAUCUGGUGCUCCUCCGUUGCCGUGGAGAUACAGCUGGACUGUGCUGUCUCCUUGGUGAUUGAUCGAGCUGUAAGAAAGGUGUGUGUCUGAACCCUAGCUCUUUACCAUUAUAUAAGGACCCCCCCCCCACUCACUCUCUCUCUCUCUCUCUCUCGCUCUCUUUUUUUUCUAAAUUUUUUUCAAUUUCAAUAAGCUUUUUUAGCAUGACUGUUAUAGCAAAAUUGCCAAAGCAUUACAAUACAACAAUAACAACAAUUGUAAUUAUAACAAUAAUAAUAACACAACAACAACAGAAAUAAUAAUUAUGAUAAUAAUAUUAACAACAAUGAUAGCAAUAACAACAGUAAUAAUACUAACAAUACUACUACUAAUAAUAAUAAUGGCAGUACAGCAAUAAUAAUAACAAUAAUAAUAAUAUGAAGUACAAAAUGUAUAAAUAGAGUCAGUAUCAUGUUGAAGUUAAAAAAAGUUUAAAAAAUUUAAAAACUUAAAAACUCUCUCAUUCUCUCUAUCUUUUUUUUUUCAAUUUCAAUAAGCUUUAUUAGCAUGAUUGUUAUAAAAAAUAUUGCCAAAGCAUUACAAUACAACAAUAACAACAACAACGGUAGUAAUACAACAACUAAAUAAAAUGAAUAAAUAAAAUGAUACAAAUAAAAAAAUAAAACUAAAAAUAUUUUUAAAAUAAUAAUAAUAAUAAUCAUAAUAAUAACAAUAAUGAAAAUAAAAAGAAUAAUAAUAAAAAUAAAAAUAAUGAAAAAAUAAUAAUUAUACAAUAGUAAUAAUAAUACAACAAUAAUAAAAAUAAUGAAAUAUAUGAAAUAUAGAAAGAAUAAAUAGUGUCAGUGUCAUGUUGAAGUAAAAAAAAAAUUUAAACAUAAAACCUUUCUCUCUUUCUUUCUGUCUCUCUCUCUCUCUUUCUCUCUCUCACUUUCUUUACCUUCAAGCACACUCAUACUCACACUUAACAAAUUUUCUACCACAUGCAGUCAAAAUCUUUGCCUUCCAUCUUCAGUUUGCCAAGAAUCACACCCUAAAUCAUGCACCUAAAGUGAAAAAGAAAAAGCACUCACAGUUAAAUGAGCACAGCAUACAGGAGAAUAGAGUGGAGUUAGUGCACACCAGGGCUCCGGUAUAAUUCUGCCCAUGUAUGGACACAAACACCCUGAGUGUGCAUGUGUGUGUAUGUGUGUGUCUGGCCGUUUGUGUGGUUGUGGAUCUUAUGAUGUCUUUAAUUUUCUGCCCCAUUUCUCUCCACCAUGUUAGGUUAGACUUUUUCUCACACAGGCAUAUAAUCAGCUGUGAUGUGCACUUUUCGGUGCUUAUGUUUCUUUUUUUUAAAUAACUCAUCUUGUCAAGCUGGUCAAAUUUUCUCACUCACUGUCAAAGCUGUUGAACACAUAUGUUCACUCUUGGCAUAGAAAUGUACAUAUAUGUGCGUUUGACUCAGGCCCAGGCCCACAUUCGUCAGUUGUUGGAAAACCUUUGUAUGUGUGCGAUGUGUGUAUCACAGUUAAACACUGGGUGGUCUGUGCUUGAACACUGGUAAUAGCUUCUUUUCCACAUAAAGCCACAGAUGAAAAAAGCCUUGGCAGGUCUCUCACAUAUUGCUUUUCUCUACCUUGCGCUUUCUUCUUGAUGAGAUUUCAUUUAGUUUAGUGUUUUUAGUGUUUUUUAUUCUGCUCUGUUCAAUAGUUGCUACCAGAAAUGUUUUUUUCUGUCUUCACCAAUAUUUUACCAACUUAAAAAAAUACCUUUUGCUGAUUUGGCUUUAAGAUUUGAAAGGAAGGAAGUGAAUUUGACUCAGCUGAGGUUUGGACAAAGACCCUUCAUUGCUGAAACAGCUUUACAUAAAAGGCUUUAGGAAGGGCGAGGGGCCUCCUGAGGGUAGUCAGGAAUAUUUCGUGGUCUUUUUCAUUUCCCAAAAUCCUACUUUUGGAAACUGAAGUCGAAAUUGGGUUGCAAUGUUUGUCUUGGACCUAAUGGAUGGGUUUGUGCGCGGGUGUAUUUGCAUGCAUGUCUGUGUGACUUGACUCCUACUCUCGGUGGUUAGCUACCAUUUGCAGAUUGUUUGGGUUGAGUUUGUCCUGCCGAGGCCCCUAUCUAUGAAUAGCUGCAGCUUCAGGUACAGACCCAGACUCUCUUUUUCUCCCUCCCUCCCUCUCUCUCUCUCUUUUCUUUAACCCUCCCUGUUUUUGUCUUAUGUCUUAUUCUUUACUUCCACUGGUUUUGUUUCACUACAUUUUUAAAAGUUGAACAGUCGCUUCGAAGGGAAGCAAAAUAAAAUGGCAUGAUAUCAGCAGAUAAUAGAUCACAAAGCUGAUCAGUCAAAACAGCAAGUAUAGACAUUUCUGCAGAUAUGAUUGUCAUCCAAAUUGAUUGUUAACAUUUUCGUCUAGCUUUAUUUUUCCAGUUUGUUUUUUGAUAAAUAUCCCUCUGUUUUCUUCUGCAUUUCCUCAUUUUAGACAUUAAUUCUUUCCUUCAUUUUACCCCCUCGCCCACCUCCAGAUUACCUAAAGUUUAGCAGUGACUAUGGCCAUGCGGUGGUGGGUGGAACCAGCAGUGCUAGAGGCAUGCGGUCUGCCUCCGAGCUCCGGGACUUGAUGGACACCCUGCAGCGCAAGAAGAUAGCUCUGGAGAACAGCCUCCGAGCCAACGGGAACGCCAAUCCCUCCUAUUUCAGUGUGACACAGGUCAGCUAUCCUUUAGCUCCAUUUUAGUUUGUCAAUCUGGAUGUUUGAAUGUUUGUCAUGGUUUACUCACUAUUCUUUCCCCUAUUUUUCCCCAGUCACCCCCCACCACGCCUGUCACAAGCCCCGCCACGUCUUCCACAGCCUACCAGGAACAGGCAAGACGUUUCUACGGCUCAGAUCGUCCUCCCAUGUCUUUAAAAACAGCUCCUCCAUCUUCUCCUGGGCGGAGGUCAGACCCCACUUCUUCCCUGUCCACUCGCACAUCCAUGAGUCGCAGCCAAGACGGCUAUGGCGUUAGUGAGAGCAGGAGACUGCACAACCAGGGCUCCUCAAGUUUACUGUCCACAUGGAACGGCGGGGGUUCCUCCAUUUCUGUUGAUGGCAGCAACAGCCUCCUCCUCUCCCUCCCUCCCUCUUCUGCCUCAUCUCGCACGCCAUCAGCAGGAGGUGCUGUGAGCAUGCCUUCAAGCCCCCGUCUUGGACGCCGUAGCUUUGGCAACCAAGAGCCGUUGCCCAGCAGUCGAACCAGGAAGUACUCUGCAGGCUCGCUGACUGGUAUGAUGGUAGGAGGACACAGCCGCUCGCUGCCACGCCUCUGCCCUUCCCCGUCUCCUCGUGACAACAACAACGGAGCCCUGACCCUGUCCACCUUGCCCCCACGGCGAUCUGACAUUGCUGGAGGUUACAAAUACAGUAAAGACCUUUAUAACAACCAGAACGGUAGUACUGACCUCAACCACAACUCGGCUAACUUCAGUCAGCUUUCCGCUAACAGGAAUCAAAACCAGAACACCACCCAGGGAGAAGGUGUCGUGUCUAUCUCCCUCUCUUCCCCAAAGAUCCUGUCUUCCGCCACUCCUUCCAUCCCCUCCACAGCUACCCCACCUGACGUGACGAUUCCAUCCAGAGCGGGAGGUUCCUCGUCUCCCCGCGUGGCUAAAAAACUCAGCCUUACCUCCACGAGCUCUGUUGGCUCCAUCAGCUCCUCAAGUUCAGGAGUGGAUGCAUAUUUAGGGGAGAGGCGAGGGGUAGGCUUGGAACUCACCGGUGUGUCCGGGCUUGGACUCGGCGAGAGGAGGUCUUCAUUUGGAAAGGCGGGCUUGGAACCUGGGAUGGGUUUAGGUGAGAGGAGACAGUCAUUCGGAAAGGCGGGAGUGACCCCACCUGGGGGGUUCAGGGAAAGACGGGGGAGUAUCAGCUCUCUUAGUGGGAAGGAGGAGCUGACGGACUAUCAUCAUCGUCAAAAAGAAGAGAGACUCCGAGAGCAGGAGGUGGAGAGACUGGUGAGUUUAUAUUUGUAGUAGGGGUCUAAAAAUACAUAUUUUUACCAGUAUGUGCAAACAAAGUUUCACAUGAUGAUAAAUAUGAAGAGAGGGAUUAGGGAUUUUUGUGAUGGCCACUUUACACUUGUCUUCACCUUUUCAUGCAAUGCAGAUUUGUUUUGAUAAAUCAAGACACCUUGGUAUUUUGUAUCUUAGGUCUAAAGUUUGGAUAUUCACCUCACUAUAUGGUUUAUAUCUUUACAUAUAUGUAAAUCAGCCACCAAUUUAGCAAGGACACUUCCCAUUUUACAAAAGUAAAAGCAUGUGCACACUCUAGACUUGAACCCAGACAGCUUGAUAAUCUCUUGUCGUCUUGCUCCUCCUUGGCUGCUUGUGCAUGCCAAGAAUGGAGGGAUGACCUGGAUGGAUAGUUCAGAUUUCGUUUUCAUUAAAAGUGCAGGAAUCCAGAAUUAGCAAGUGUUUAAUACGGGCGGUUUUUCGACGGGUGAAAAGUUUGUUUUUGUUUAGAUUAGAAAAUAAGAUGCAGAUUAAAGCUGGACGAUUGCUGCAAACAUUCAUGACGAUAUCGACUCCCAGGAAUGCCUCCCUUCAUUCCAUCCUCCUCCUUGUCCUCUCAAUCACCCUCUCCAGGAGAGCUAAACACACACACACACAAAAUUAAGUCCACCAUUACCCAGAUGCUUCUGGCAGUUAGCCCAUACUUAAAGGACUAUUCUUAACCUCGUGCUUGAAUUAUACAUGUGUGUGUUUGUCUACGCUUGUGUAUGUGUGGUGCACGUCCAUGUCAGUUAACUGGAGCUCCGCCCAGUGUGGCUCAGACCACUGAGGAGCCACAGCACACAUCAAUAAGAUGAUGGUCAGAGGAGCCCAGAAGAUUAGAGAGCAGAGUUUGAGUGUAGCAGGUGGAUAAACAUACAGAUGCUCAACAUAUAAUGACAACUGGACUCAUAAACCCUCCCUCUUUUUUGUCUCACUCUUUCACACAGCCACAUUCUCCAGAGUGAACCGGUGGUUAAGCUGUGAGAAAUAGUUUUCUGGAGGCCGUACAAACCGAAACGUUUAAAAAGCUUCACACUGGUUUUCAGUUAGCCACCAGAUAUCCCGGAUCGAGGUUAUACUUACAAGAUGGAGUACCUGGCCUCCUCUGGUUUAAUCAGAGUGUCAGAAAAAGAUGGGAAAUGAACUGAACCAAGUUAGUUUUGCAUUUGUCAUGAUUUAAUCUGAAGCCAACUUUGCUCUUUAUCCUGAUGCAAAAAAGAAAAAAAAACACCUUUUAGCAGGAUGUUGAGUUGGUUUAGUCUCUUUCACUUUUAAUAGAAUUUUUUUUUCCACAGCAAAAUAGCUCUGAAUAACCAAAUGUGAAUAUUUAUCUGAUUUUAACUGUUUAUUCCAAGCACUUGAAGUUAUUUUUAACCAAUAUCUGUGAGUUUGCAGCUACAGCUAAAAAAAGCAUUUCUCAAACUUUGACUGCCCUCUAGUGGUAGAAGUGGAAACAUGCAUUCUGUCAAUUCUGAAAGGUUUAAUAUGUUGUAUGUAGUAAUUAGCCAUGGUGCUAUUGAGAGUGUUCAUCUUUAUCCUAGAUGUAUGUGUGGAGGUCAGGCGACUAUGUACAUUUAUUUUAUGUUUAAAAUUUAGCAUUUAUCAAAGCAGCUUUUCUUUUCAGCCCGAACAGUUUAGUAUUUGCAGAGUAAGAAUAUGAGUAAAAUAAUUUUAUAGGGAUCAACAAGGAAGUAGUAAUAAGAAAAAGACACAAGUGACACAAGAGGAAGUGUUCAAUAUUUCAGUUCUGGCUUUGCUCUUCCAGCGGGCUUCCCCCGGUCCUGCUCUGUCCCCCUUUUUCCGUCUCUUUGUAGUUGGCAGCUGAUUACUAAAAGGGCUCCACAGAGACUUGGGUGCAUUAGAAUAGAACAAGGUGACAAACUGACACGGGCUUGUUCUGCUGCAGCUACUGGUUCACGUUACACUCUAUAAACAGGGUGUGUGUGUAUUUGUGUUCAUUCACAUAUACAUAUAAGAUUAUUCCACUUCAAUCAAUUUAUUUAUCUUAUAUCAACUGGUUUGAUUUAUUAGUUUUUUUCACAACUAAUAAAUCUUUUUUGUAAGUUACUAACUUUCCCAAACAGAGGAAACCCUUAAGUUGUUCCUUACGUUUUAAAUGACUUCCAUAAGACCCAAAUAGUCUAAACCUCACCUGCUUCACUUUCCUUCCUGUUUUGUUUCCUAAGUGGUCGUACACACAGACACAUUCCUGUGUUUCGAGUCGUCCCUGCUCUCAUGCACACCUACCAGAGUUGACAGCUGCCCACCUCCUCAUUAGCCCCCUCUCUCACCCUCACACGAACGCAUACAGUACACUCAACUUUUUUUCAACCCCUUUUGAUUUCUAACGUUACAUCCACAGACAUGCUGCGUGGCUUCAGUGUCUCUCCUUCCAGAGAAGUUGAUGCUGACCUGAUGCAUUUUCCAUUACUCCUCAUAUCACUGUGUUCGGUCAGGGAGAACUUUUGAGAGGGGGACGCAAACUCCAGGGGUUUUUAAUGAAAAGAUAUAGUGUUUUUAUGGAUUUACUAAUGUGUAUCUAAGGACGAUACAAGAAGGGAUUUUAAAGAGUAUAUUUGGGACUCAUGAGGACAUUUGAACAAGGACGAAUCGACCUCAGACAUGCUUCCACAGGUAACAUGAGCACUGGAAACUUGUUUUAUGAUGUAGAGAUGUUUCCCCACUGUAGUGGAGCUGUCGUGUCUCCAAAACUAUAGCGUAGUGCUGAACUAGAUGUUCAUUUUAAGACAUUUGAAAGUGCAUAUGCCAGUAAAUGCAAAGAUGUAAUUUCCAAACCAGUUGAGAAAAGUUUUUAAAGUUGAUUGGUUUGAACAAAAAAUAUUACAUUUAAAUACGGAGGAUUUACAUUUUUGUUUUGGAUGUAUGAUGUGUUUUGCACAUUUGACACUAGUUCCUUUUUUAAACUGCUGUACAGUAGUUCAAAGACUGUCAUAUUCAACAGUAUGUGUGCAGAAUUAAAAGCUUCAUGCUCUGCAGAAAUAAGUGGACCAACUAAGUUGAAAUCAAAGGGUGAUGAUUUAUGAGGUUUGUGACUGAAAUCCAAUUUGAAUAAAGUGGUUUAAUUCUCUUCAGAUCUCACUAAAUCAAGUUAAAGCUGUUUAUUGUAAUGGCAGCAUUAUAAAUAAUCCACUCAGACAAGCUUCAUGAAGAGGACUAACAGCUGUACUCUCAUAUAAUCACAGUCAUCGCCGUGUUUUUGCUCAUUUCAGGAGCGACAGCGGCUAGAGACCAUCUUGUCUUUGUGUACGGAGCUGGGCCGGUCUGAGAGAGAGGGAGGCGGCACAACAACAGACCCCACUUCAGCUGUGGCAGAUCUUCAGAAGAUCAACCAGGAGCUGGAGAAGCUACAAGUAAACGAUGAUGACGACGACACUCCGUCGGUCUUUUCUGACUCUUCUGCUCUAAACGGAACAACAGGGAACGGACACACGACCUCUCCGGGGUUAGAGAACGGUUACUACGACGAUGAUCUACAGGUACGACGGAGGCGCAGCAGCGGCCAGCGGGACAACAGGGCGGAAUCUCCUGCUGUCAGUGUGCGAAGCUUUGGACCCUCUCCUUCUCCGAGAAUACAGAGGACUAAUGAGGUAGACAAGGACACACAUUUGGUUUACCCUUCUGUGUACAUAUUGAUCCCCUUCAUAAGAUUACAAUUGUCAGACUGUAUUGAGGAGUAUUCACCAGUUGGCCAAUACUUGAAUCGGUCACGGAGUCAGAGAUUUAUGAAACAAAGAUGGAUGAGCACCUGUUUGCUUUCAUAUCCAGAUGAGGUAGCCUUAUGACUUAUAUGCUGACUUUGGCUGCACAAAAACUGGAUUUUCACUCCACUAGUGUAGGUGUUGGAUGUUAGGGAAACUUCUGUAAUGAUAGGUUUAAUUUCACCAGAAUACCCGAGUGAUAAAAAGCAAACAGAAAGACCUGAAAGUGCACAAACUGGUGAAAGCAUGAGCUGAGAUAGCCUUAUAGAGUAAAAACAGAAUAAUCCUCCACCUUCAAAAUGUUUAAAGAAACUCAAAUGCAUGUUAAAUAUACCGCACAUCCAGCCUUCUGUAUGAUAAGACUGCUCAAGUGCAACCUUUGACUUUAGACAGCUUCUUAAAAGAUUAAUCCGGAUUAAUGUGGGAAGUGAUUAUGUGUGCUGUUCUUUGUGAAAAACAUGAGAGUGACAAGGUCUCCUAACGCUUCUGCUAACCCUCGGAAAGUAUCGACCCGUAUAUUAUUUGUGAGCGCAGAUGGGAGAUAUUUACAGCCGUUUAUUAGAUUAGAUUAGAUUAGAUUAGAGCGGGUGAUGUGUUACUAUUCAGAAUUAACAGCUGCUGUUUGUGGUUUGAGGUGGACUCAAUGAGCUUGUGCCUACACACAGUUCUUUGCAGAAGGAUGAAAAUGACUGAACUGAUGAUGAAUAUCCCCUCAUUAAUCCAUUUGUUUGUUGAUCAUUGUGUUUCCAGGUUCUAGAUGAUACACCUCGUUACCGCAGACAAGAAGUGAGGCCUUCGGAGGAGGAAGUAAGGCGUGUGGAGGAGGAGAGGAUCCAGGUGCUGAACAACAUGGAGGAGGUGGAGCAAAAGGUCAAAGAGCUGGACAAUCAGAUCGAAGAAUCAGCUCGAGAGGUAAAAGAAAGAAGAGGGAGAUGGAGGUGGUGGCGAUAUGAAUCAGAAAACACACUUUUUUUAACAUCAUUUGUUUGUUUGAAUACAAAAGUAGGUAGGACAGUGCAAAGGUUUUACUAAUAGUAGGACACUGACAUACUCACUGGUUUAUUUACUCAAGGUGGAGGUGGAGCGAGCGCUGGUGGAGGCUGAGAUGGAGUCUGAGGCGGCCGCUCUCCAGCAGGAAAAAGAUGCUCUGGAGGCACUUCACAGCAAAAUGGCAGACUUAGAGACCAAGUCCCAGCAGGAGAAAGAAAAGGUAUUUGACAGGCUGUGCUUCAAUGUAGAAAAAUGGGAGCCAAAGGGGGGGUACUGACUUCUAAAAAGGUGGUUUAAUGAUGGAUUCUGACAGUAGUUUGGACUCUUUGUGGAAAGACCGGUAAGUUUCAUGUCAAGCUCAGGGGAGAAAAAAACACUGAAAAAAUCUUACAAGUGUUUUAAAAGUUUUUAACCACAUCCGCGUCAAGCUUUUGCGUUGAAAAUAGCUUUUUAACGACAGUAUGUAUUUCCCUUCCCAAAGUGUUUGUGUUUAUGUACAGCGUUGAAAAUGCAUACGCUAUGCAGAGACCGUCAUAAAUUUCGGGGUCAUGUGACUUACUGGUAGGUGUUAAUCCUUCUCAUGCUGUCUGUGGUCCAAAUAUAUAUCUGUUAAUGCUGCCCAGGGUAUAGCGGUCACCAAGUGAUACUAUCUUACACUCUCCCGCUGAAGGAUUACGGGUGUUUGUAAUCGAGUGUGCGUGUGUCAGUCUAAGUUUAUACCAAUAUGUGGUAUCAUUCACUGGGUGUGAAGUGUAAUGGGAGAAACAGAUUGAAUUUGUCGUGUAUAGAUGUGUGUUUGUGAGAGAGUAGAGGUCCAAGGACGCACUUCUUUAUAAAGCCGCUUUAUGGUGUGUUUGAGGGAAAGAGAGGAAGAACACAGACAAGAUAAGUGUUGGUUAAACAAGGAAGUGAAGGUGAAUGCUCGCACAGAUUUGGGGUGAAUGUUAAUGUUGUGUUGUUUAAACACAGACCCACUAAUCAAUCCAUCCAUCCCAUAAAUCAUUUCCAUUCAAACAAACCGGACAUGAGAGGAGAGAAAGAAGCUGCGGCUCGAGUUUCACGCUAUCUUCAUGCCUUCAUUUCUACUUAAUUUCUCCCUAGAUCUCCAUCGCUUUUGUAGAUUGAUUUCUCUAGCUUCCCCUCCCGCCCAUCCCUUUAGGCUAAUCUUGCUGACCUGGUUGCCGUAGUGACUAACUGUGGCUUCCCCAGUCCCACUAACGCUGCCACCCUCUCUCUGUCCUGUGUACGUGUGUGGGCACCUGUGUCUGUUUGUACGUACACAAAAACAAAUGUGUACACGCGCACUGUGUGGGAAUGCAUGUGCGUCUUUGUGUUUGGACGUGUGUGUGUGUGUGUGUGUGUGUCAGUCGUGCGAGUUGCUGCAGGCAGAAAGGGGCAGAGUAGAGAGGUUGGCUCAGAUUGUGUGUGAGCAACGCUCCCAGCUGGACAGCUGCCCUGAGGCCACCAAGGAGCCCCUGCAGGAGCAGCUGGCCAGGGUCAGUACACACACACACACACACACACACACACACACACACACACACACACACACACACACACACACACACACACACACACACACACACACCACACAAACACUCAAACCUCACAAAUGCACAGGUAUACUUCAUACCAUAUAUACAUGAGUUUGUAAACCUUGGUGUCCUUCCAUUCAAAAUGCAAUAAGCUGACUGUUGUUUGUUUUCUGCUGGUCUAUAUGAUGGGAACUGUAACAGGUGUGCAUGCAAACAGAGACAGAAGGAAACUCAGAGCAAAACAGAUAUAAGUGUACAUAAAAAAGUGCAUAUGUGAAGGAAACUCUCAAAUAGACCAGGGAAGAGUCAUGAGGUGGACUUGCAUGUAAAUGUGUAUUUACUUUCCUGUGCUAAUUUGCCUGGUGUAUGUUUGUUCAUUUUUGUAAUGUCUGUGUCCAGCUCUACUAUAUUUAUCAUUUCUUCUUAUUUUAUCAAAAGGUUGGGGCGUAUGAGGGUACAAGAUAUGAUAAUAAGUGUUCUAUGGUUUCAUUUACUACCUAUAAUUCAAUGCAACUAAGUUUUCAACUUUUCAUUCAGGUUCCAGAGAGAAUUCAGUCAUAGCCGCACUCUGUAACUCAACUGCUGGCUAAUAUGAACCAGUUAGUGGUCAGCAGAGCCCCCUUGUGGCAAAAUGCUGCAACUCUGUACAAAGAACCACCUCAUGGAAGGACACAACAGAAGGGACAUAAUAGAUGUACAUCUUAAAACCAGAAAGCAAUCAUAUAACAUUUAAAGCAACAGUACCUUACCACAUAAACAUGUUAUCAGUUAUUUUUUUACCAUCAAGUACAUAAAAGUCCGUCUUCAGAGUCAGAUUUAGAAGACAAAGAGGCAGGUCUACAUCCACUGCUACAUUUAACCUGCAUGAGUUUUCUCCUGUGUUGUUUUUCACGGAAAUAAACUUGUGUUUAUUUGAGCUCUGGUUUUUAAAAAAGUCUAUAAUUGGGGUAUUGUUUAUAGUGCUUCCAUGUUGCAUGUUUACUUGUCACACUUUGGUGUCUGCAUGACUGUUCAGUUCUGAUGAUGCAGGACGGAUCUGAGUGUCUGGUUUGCAUCGUCUUUGUCAGAUUGUGUUUUGUGUUUUAUGCUGACACCCAGUGAGAGUGGAUUUUCAUCUGGAAUAUUUGCAAUGUUUCAAUUUUCAAAAAAUGAGUUUUGUUUUUGUUUGUUUUAGGUUUUAUGUGUUUGUUCAUGUAAAUUUGCAUAAUUGUUUGAUUUGUUGUGUCAUUUAAUCACCUUUUAGUCAAGUUUUCACUAAAUAUCCCAACCGGAAAACCUAAUAUUCAUCACUGCUUUUGUAGAACCAUUAUACUGUCAUCCUUUAAAACUUCAUAUGUUAUAUAGUACUUAAAUGUAUUAACUGUCAUACAACCUUGUUGUUUGUUUGUGUGUGAGCACAGGUCCUUUGUUCUGAAUAUGUUGUUUGUUUCCUCCAGUAUACACUCAUUUUAUAUGCUCGUUUGUCUCCGUUUUGUCUUUGUGUGUUUUGGUCUGUAGGAUUGUGAAGUGCUUGACACAGAGACAAAGCGAUUUGAAGACCUCGAGUUCCAGCAACUGGAGAAAGAAAGCCGGCAAGACGAGGAGAAGGAGACCCAUACGCAACAAAUCCUGCGGGAGAUCGCAGACUACCAGAGAAGCUCCGUUACCCGCAAGGUACCAAAUGUCUGUUUUUUAAUAUAAAAUUAAAGGAGGUAAGAGUCCUCAUUUAGUAUGAAGAUGAUAUCAGUGCUUAGCUAACAACUUAUUUAUUUUUUCAGGAGCGACUGUUAACACUGAAGAAGCAGGCAGUUCAGAUUACCCAGCAGGCUCAGCGGGAGAAGGAGAGCUUCAUGAAGGAGAGGAGUAACCUUGAAGCGAUGCUGCAAAGGGUACAAAGAUUAUUCCUGUGUAAACAUACGAUGAAAAUCUUUGUUUUUUGGGCCUGUGAUAGUAAUGCUUUAAUUUCAACAGCUUGUCAGAUUAUGUAUUCAUUACACCCAGACAUUACAAUUUAUCCCUGCAGCUUUGUAAACACAUGCCAUAAAUUUAAUCUGCUUUCAAUUUAUUUAAUCCUGUCUAUUCUAUUCUGUCUGUAAUUCCAAAUGCAUUAAGAGCAGUGCAGCCUUUUCUGUACUCAGCACUGACAGUUCCUGAUGAUAAUAAAAACCAACACUGCGUCUCUUUGUCUUGUCAGGAGAAAGAAAACCUGGCAACGCUAGAAAGAAAAUACGCAGACCUCACCGGUGGCCGUGCUUUCACUCUUAGGGAGGUAGGUUUGAUUGACAGCUGUCAGACAAGAAAACAAGAACGAUCUUCCUCUUUCAGACUUUCAAAGGAGGCAGGAUCCUCCUACUGUUUAAUCUCUGGGGUUUCCUUCUUCUUCUGCUGUCUGUUAGGAUACAGCCUCUCUGGCUGAUGUGUGUCAGUGUUUUAGCAAUCAUUGCAGUGACAACACAUCUACCACAAGUUCUCCUCCUCCUCCUCCUCCAGUCAGCCUGUGUGCCCUCUCAUCCCUUCUUUCCUCUAUUUUUCUCAAGAAUGCCGAGGUACUUUCUUCUCUUGUGCCUGUUUUCCAUUUCUCCUCCUGGUUUGGAUUAUCUGUCUUUUAUUCACGACCUCUCCCUGUUUGAAUUUUCUGUUUUUGGCGUCUUGUCAGUGUCAAUCUCUGUAAUGCAAAAGGAAAGACGUAACUGUUUCAUCCCUUGAUUUCUUGCACAGCUCGUACUCACACAUAUUAAUACUGUGGUAACCUUGUACAAAUGUCUGUUGUCAUGUGUAAUCACCUCAGUGUUAACAGUGUCAGAAAUUAUCUGUGUUUGACGAUGAUUUUUAUGUGAAACCGCUGCGAUGACUACCAAGUUCUGCAUCAGUCUAACCACUUCUCAAGUUUGUCAUAACAAAUUAAUAUGGCUGCCUCACUCCAUGCAAUGCCUCACCCUUUUUCUCUCCCCCAUUUCUCCACACGAUGCUUUCCAGGGCUAUGUCACAGUCAGUGAAAUCAAUGAGCUUUACUCACAGCUUGGGGGGGACCUUAAACCCGCCCCGGCCCUCGCUCUGGCCAAUGCCUCUCCUGAGUCCACAGCAAACCCCUCCCCUGACAGUGACACCGCCAAACCACAAGAGGAUGAGGUGUGUGUAAAGGUGUAAAGGGCCUGUAUCGGUGGUGUAGUGCGUAGUUAUAGAUGCUGGAGAAAGUCUGUGUCGAUGAAAGAGCUCUUAAAUCCUCCAGUUUCUCUCUUUUGUUCUGACUUUUUCCUGACAGUUUCCUUCCUUUCUUCUUUUUCAAGCCCUCUCAUUCUUCCUCACCUGCCGACUACCACUCCUUGUCCUCCUCUUCUUCUUCCUCCUCCUCUCAUUCAAAUCCCCGCCCCCUUCCCAAAACACCAUCUGUGCACUGGCCAGAGAAUAUGGUGUCAUAUCGAGACCCCUCUCCCCUUCCUGACUCCCCCCCUCCCCCUCUUCCUGUCAAAAAACGCCAUCACCGACACAGGCAGGUAAUAUACUGUAUAGAUGUGUGUGUGUUUGUACCAGCAGCAGUGUGUCUGCCUGCUUCAUAAAUCUAUGUUUUUAAUUUUAUGUUUAUAAAAAUCUAUUCUCUAUUAACUGUAGACAACACUACCUCCAUUUUUGUUUGUCCAAUUGUGCACUUUAUUAGCAAUUCCGCCUGCUGGAGGAGAGGAAAAGAUCUGAGAGAGAAUUUGGCUCCCAUCUGAGUGACACUUUACCCCGGAAGAAAACCACACCCACCAUGACCCCCCAGUUCACCUGUGCAACACUGGGACGCAGCUUCCCAAACAAGGUGAACAUGCUGAUGGUCAGAUCAUACGUUUUUCUUGCUCUGUCUCUAGCCUUUCUUUAUAUUUUCAAGACAACAUGUAAUGUGUGCAAGUAUGGAUAUGAAUUUGAUCAAUUCCCAGGUCUUAAAAAGUAUGGAAGAUGAAAAAUAAAGUAUGGAAAAAUAUGUAUGUUUCCAGCGUAUUACCACAGUUCUGAAAUACUGUUUUCUAAAAUAGAAAAGUAGGUAUUUACAAAAAUCCUGCUAAAAAGUAGGGUAUGGAAAAGUAUGGAAAUUCCAACUGUUGUAAGAACUCUGUGUGUGAGAUGCUAUUUAACAUGAUUUAAUCCUUCCGUGUUUUGAUAACAGCCUCAUCAGCCCCUAGUGCAGAGCACAAGUUGUGGCAGUAUCCUUCCCAGAAUCCUUUCCUUAUCCAAUAAGGAGACAGAAUCUCGGCGUCUGCAUAAAGGUACACACCCACUCACACUUGGACGACAUCUUUUGGUUGUAACAAAUAGUGAUGGGCAUGGCAGUUCUUUUAGAUGUACUGAAUCACUAGAAUCAGUUCACUGAAAAGAUUCAUUCACCAAAUCACUGAAUCAUUCAGCGCUUGGUGGGAGGAGCCUGUGACUCCGACCUCCUGAACUGAUACACAGCUGAAUGUUUCAGGAUGUUCAGGAUGUUGUAAGUGUACUGUCCUAUGGUAUGAUAUUUACCAGGUCUGCUCGGUAAAUUGGGGUCAGUGAGUGAUUUGUUCACUGAACGUUUAGAAGAAGUCACACUGAACAUGCACCGUUCCCUCACAAACCGCUGCAAUAACAGGAUGCUGUGGGUUUUAUGCACUACUUGUUACAUGCUGUGUCGUACUGUAUGCAAGUUUUUGUGGUGGCAAUGUAGCAGUAAAAAAAAAAAGUUAUUUUUAUCCAACAAAAAUGAUUACAGAGAGUAUAGUUCAAUGCGUGAUUUGUUCACCAAGUGAUUUAGGCGUUGGUGCAUGUGGUCCCUCGUUCCCUGGCUGCUCACCCGGCAAUGCUGCAUGCUAUAGCAGCUGCAGUGAGUCAACAAAAGUGAGGAACAGACAAAUCACUUGAUUGGGUUCAGUACGUUCACUUAAAAGAUUCGGUUCUUUUGAACGGUUCGUUCGCGAACGACAACACUAGUAACAAAAUCACAUCAUGUAUGGUCAUCAUCUGUCUUUAUUGUGCUUUCUCAGAUUACGAAGUGUACUGUAAUCAGAAUCUCACAAAGGUUUUAUCGUUGCACUUUGACAAAUAAGUUGCAGUCUGAGCAUUGUGGUUUUUGUUUUGUAAAUCUGGUGCUGUGUUUUCCGGACACUGGCGCAUGGAUCUAGUCCCCGAGUCCCUUUGGUUGCUUGAUCUGGCUCAUCAGUUGGGUGGGUCUGCAGCACGAGCCUGAUAGAAUCAUGUUUUUCUGUUUGGCUGUUGUAUCCUGUAUGCUGAGGCUGCGUCUGUAUCUCUUUUAAGUAUCUGCUCUGUAAUUUUGUCAACAUUCCUUCGUCUGCUUCUUCCUCACUGACAUCCUCCGUCUGCAGUAACUACUCGUGGCAUUUCUUGUUGUACAUGCAUUUAUUUUGCUUAUAUUUUCUUCGGUUUGUUGCUGCGUCCUGUAUUUUCAAGCUGGGGCAGCUACACCAGUAAGGUGUUGAGUAUUUAUUUUAGACGUAUAGAGCAUUUCACGCUGGCGGGGCUUUGCAAUCCAAAAUCGCAGCCAGCUGAGCAAACGGCUGUCCCAGAUGAGGUGACACAGACAGGUACAGCCCAGGUGUGCAUUGCAAGAAGAGGUUAUGUUGGACUGACCUGAAACUGUUGCUAUACUCUUUGUUUUUUUGCAGGUCAGCCAGGCUCCCGAGCAGCUUCCCAGACCAACGUCUACCUUGAUGCCUUCGGAUACCGGGACAACCAGGCCUUUGACACGAUGAGUGUAGACAGCACUGACUCUAUUGAAACCAGCAUCUCUGCCUGCUCACCUGACAACGUCUCAAGGUGAGUCAAAUAUCUUUCAGUAUGUGCCUCUGAUUAUGAUGUAAGAUCAGUUUGGCUUGGAUAUUUCUUAGUUAUUACCAUAAUCAACACUUUUUUUGCCAGAUUUGAAAAAUGUGUUGAGAAAAAGCUAAAAUAUCUAAAAAAAGAGGCUGAAAAUACAGAAAUGUCAAAACUUGAACUCACAAAAAUGUUCCUUUUGUGUCGGUAAUAUGAAACAUAGACUGUCGGAAGGGUCGGGGAGAGUGGGGCCAACAAAGAGAGUAGAAAGUGAGUUAAUGUAAAAAGUGUGUGGAGCUGCAUAGCAGAGGUUUCCCGCCUUUCAUGGUCCCCCCUUCGAGAAUAAGAUGUGUGGAGCUGUGUGUGUUGGAGGGGGACUCUUGAUUAGUGUUUGAAGGGUCAGGUUACAGAAGAGGGGAAACAUGAAGGUGUGUGUGUGUUCAGUCAACCCCCUCAGGUCCAGAUGAACUCGGCAAACUAGUACAAGAGAGCGGAGGUGCAUUUGGGGGUCCUCCACCCCCCCGUCUGGACUGAAACCAUGUGUGCAUGCUUUCUUUCUCUCCUUUUUUACAGUGGUUGCGUCUGUCUUUUGUCUCCCCGCCUCUUGUUCCUCUCAAUGGUAUGUUCUUGGUUUCUGCAAAAGUCUCCAUUUGCAGAUUGCUCUGUUUGCAUUGUAAGCCUUUCCUGCCUUAGUCAUCCUCAGCAUGCUCCCAGUUGGACUGUAUUAUACGGGCAUGCACCGAUUUCCCUGGACUGUGGAUCUCUGCUGGAUAAAAGACGUGGUCUGAUAACAGAUCUGGACUUUUUUUGUUGACUUGUCAGUGAUGCGUCCUGUUUCCUGGAGAUGUGGACGUUGGAGAAAGAUUACAUUUUUUCUCAAGAAAUCUAAAACCUUGUAAAAGAGAUUUGAAGUGGACUUUUCUGCAAUGACUAUGAGUGUGAUUCCCUCUCAUCGACGGAGGUAAGAGGAUGACAGGGUGAUGAAAUGAGGCUGAUGUUAACGUGAUUGAAGUACUGACAGGAAAACUAUCAGCUUAAUCAGAGUCUUAUUUUAAGUAAUGGACUUAAAUUCAGUAAAGCCUGCAUUUAAGGCUACUGCUGCAGUUUAUGUGACUGUGCACAUUAGAUUGGAUUGAAGCGGACUAUUUGAACAAACCUGUAAAAUUCUGAAUGCAUUAUUUUUAUUAAUUUAAACUAUGGGAAAACAAAGUGAGAGCUGCGGUUAUGAUUUGACAGAAAUCAAGCAAAUGCAUAAAAAAAAAAACAGACCCUGAACGCGGGAAGGCAACUUCUUUUCUCCCGUUUGUUCCACCCCUCAAACCCUGCGGAUCCUUUUUUUUCUCUUUUUGAUUACUUUGGUUACCCCACUUUUCCCUCUUCCUCCUGUCUUUCCCUCCUGAUUUGUUUAGGCUGACUCUAAUGUGUACCAUUCAUCUUUACAAUGUUGUGACAUCAUCACAGAUCAAAACUGGGUAUCCAGUUCCUCCUGGCUCCGGAUAAGAGAGAACGCCUGUGAGCGUGCAUGUGUUGCAGUGGGAGCUACAGGAUGAAACGGGGCUGUAUAAUUAGAGAGAGAAAUUAUGUUCAACAUGACAAACAUACAAAAUUCCUUCCCUGUGUUGUCAGACAAGAAUGCAUUUCAUGUGCGGACCAUCUGCGGUCUGGGAGACCUGAUGCUAGACGUGGCUGCUGUUUUGAACAGACAGACAGACUGUGACACAGCAGAGAGUCAGAAAGACUUGUGUGAAGAGAGGGAUACUCCAGUCCUUCCCACACCAUCAGAGGACCAUAAAAGGCUCUCAAUCAGGACUGUUCUCAGGAGAGUGCAGCAAUUUCUGUGGAGGGCUGAAUAGAAAACUGUGAGCCAUGAUUGAAUGUGUAUGUUCUCUCUCCACUAGUUUAAGCUCAUGUCUAUGUCUGUACCUGGAGACUAUGCAAUGCCUGGAAAAACGCAUGGAAAAGUCCAGCUGGGCUCAGUUUGUCACGCCUGCUGCAAAAGUUUAUUGAUUAACUUGGCAGCUGCCGUGUUUUAUUACACUGGUGUACUUCACGUUCAGAGGAAUGACAGCUGAUGUGGUGUUUGUAUCCUCAAGACUUUAUUACAAGUGGUUUAUUAAACUGUGAGGGGGAAAAAAAAGUUGACUCUGCUGUUUCUGAUGUGCGUGUGUCUGUCUGUUUGCUGCAGUGCCAGCACUUCUAACAUGGCCAAACUAGAGGAGAUGGAGCGCCUGCUGAGAGAAGCCCAGGCAGAGAAGAAAAGCCUCCUGGAGCACAAGGUCACCCUAACAUCAAGCUGGCUAUAAAUAGAGUGCCUGAAUCAUGUCCCUUCAUAUGCAUUUUUGAAUAAACCCCAAAACUUGAACUUAUUUUGCGAUAUUUAACCAGUCAAAUCAUUCCUUAGGAGCGAGAGAUGGACAUGCGAAAGCAGGCGUUUGAGGAGGAGCGGAAAAGAAGGGAAGAUCUGGAGAAAAGGUUACAAGAAGAGACGAACAGACGCCAGAAACUUAUCGACCGUGAGGUGAAACUGCGAGAAAAGCAAAGAGCACAGGUAGGAAAGAAAGACAUGAGAGUAUAAAAGUCUCAUUUCAUAAUCAUUACUGUUUAAACAUCCCUGUUUCUCCAGUUUUCAUGCUGUGCUACAGCUCAGUAUGUGUUCGCUUCUGUAGCUGACUUCUGUACAUUUCAUGCAUAUUUCUGUCCUCUUGUAUGCCUUCAAUCAUGUCUGGCAUUUUGCAGCAUAAGCUUCAUCCAUCAUCUUUUGUUCUCUGUGCUGGACCAUCAUCUGUUGGCAGCAGAAAAAAGAAUCCCAUACUUAAAUCUGUCUAAACAUCUGAAACACAUCUGUGUGAUUAUAUAAACACCUGAGAUAAUGUAAAUACAUUAAGUUCCAUCCUCUUUGAAUAAACCUCUUUUACUUUUCUCUCUCCAGUCUCGGCCGCUGACAAGAUACCUGCCCGUGCGGAAGGACGACUUUGACUUGCGGGCUCACAUUGAGUCUGCGGGCCACAGCACAGACACGUGCUUCCACUUGUCCAUCUCAGAGAAGACCUGCCGUGGUUACUUGGUCAAAAUGGGGGGUAAAAUAAAAACCUGGAAGAAACGCUGGUUUGUCUUUGAUCGUAAUCGACGAACGCUCUCCUACUAUGCAGGUAGGACACACGAGCUGCCGUGUAGCAACAAAUGUAACUAUUUUUAUUUCCAAUGCCUCCUUUUAAAGAAAAUCUAAAUCAAUAGAUAUGAGAACAUGUUAAACUACGUGUUUACAUUUGUAUUCCUUUAUUUUUAUAACAAAGCAUUUGUUUAAUCUGCAGACAAACAUGAAGCUAAGCUGAAAGGAGUUAUCUACUUUCAAGCUAUUGAGGAGGUGUAUUAUGAUCACUUGAAGAAUGCACACAAGGUAAGUUUAUAUACUGUAUAAAGCGUCACAUUCAAAGUGUCAUUUCUAAUCCUCGCUCACUCCUUUUUUCCUUCCUUUCUCUGCGACAGAGUCCGAACCCUUCCCUCACCUUCAGUGUCAAGACUCACGACAGGGUCUACUACAUGGUCGCUCCCUCUCCUGAGGCCAUGAGGAUUUGGAUGGAUGUGAUAGUCACGGGUGCUGAGGGGUACACUCAGUUCAUGGUGUAGGGAAGGGACAGGAUGUGACACCCUCCUGCCGUGGCUGUUUUUAGCUUUAAAGACUUUUCUAUUCCUUUUUUUUUAAUCUUGGACUUGUACAGAUGGACUUAUGAUAUGGUCACCUAUGCUGGAGAGUUAAAGUAUUCUAUGUCCUCACCCAUGCACGGAUUGUCCACCUUGUUCAGGAGAUAGGAAGUGUUGACAUUCAUAUUCAGCAUUUGUGUGGAUGGUAAGUGGGUGUAGGAUUUUAAUCUGAGCAUCAAAGGCUAUAGAUGUAUAAAGGUAACAAAGUGCUGGAGGUUUGAAAUGCGCUAAUGCUUAUCGCUGUGCCUCCGUAAGUUCAGGUAUAUGUCAGAGAAGAAGAUUCAUGUCCAAAAAUCACAAGGAGACCAGCUACAACAUGCUAAGUGCCAAUCAAACACCAAAAUAAACUUACCUUAGAAGAAAAACUGCAAUUAUGAAUGGGUUUUAGCAAUUUUAGACCAGUUCUUUAGUUUUAACAUUUUAAAACAACCUCCUUUGUCCAAAUAAAAAAGUGCAUAUCAGUUUAGUAAAGUUAGUUUUAAUGUUUCUCUGUUUUAAUUUUUUUAAAUAUCAUUACUGUGGCAUUCUCAGGUCUUAAACAUAUGCAUGGAUGAUCAUGCAUGGUAACUAUUGGCAUGUGUAAGUUUAUACACACAUGCUGAAGAAGUGCCUACUUUGUGUGCUUACUCUAUGCACACACCUUUUUACUGAGGGCUGCACAUGUAGCUCCAGGGUGCUAUUCUUACAUGACAAGUAACACUUGAUAUCUCAGCCAACAACUUCAUGAAUUAUCAUUUUGAUUGGGGUGAGUUUAUCAAUCAACUUGCUGAUUGUCAGUGAUUUUAAUGUGGAUUGUUAAUCUGAGUUGAAAUAGUGUUACCAGAGACUAAAAGAUGAAACUCAGAUGACUGGCAUUACGCGGUUCAAGUUACUGUUUAAUAAAAGUAGCAAAAGGAGCAGAUGGAAAAGUAUUUUCUACCAAGGCACAGGUUUUAUAUUUGUACAUGUUGUGUCAAAGUUGUUCUUAGUUUUGCAAUAGUUAGGUCAGUUUUUGUUGGAUAUCAACUCAGAACUCCAAUAUGUGCCUUUUUAAUCAUAUUUUGUGACAGUAUUUACAUUUCACCAGUUUUUCUUCAAGCUAUAUGCAUCUAUAAAGCAAAUGCCAAACUCACAAAAAAGAUGGUACACAUGCUUAAGUAAGAUGCCUUCAAUCAUCAAGACUGAACAUUUUUGCUGCUCUGGUCCACCACCAGCUCUCAAUGCAUUGCUUUCAUUACCACUAAUUCAGCCGUGCCUAUUCCACUUUGAACACUAAGGCUGCUUUUUAUAUUGUUUAUUAUAUUCAACCGAUCAGCAAGUUUUUCAUCUUUUUCUCCUGUUUUAUCGACCAAAGUACAUGCUUAUGUGGUAAAAUGUAUAUGUUGUUUCCUUUCUUUUGACUUCUCUUUAUUUUCUUGAGUAAGAUAAAGAUGUUUGUUUGUUUUUUAAGACAAGUACAUGGCUGUUUUCCACCAAUGAAAGGAGUUGUUACAGAGAAAGCUUUUAUGAGCUUUACUUUUCUUUGAGGAAUUAUUUUCACAUGUUGGUCCCACUGUAUUUAUGCCAUAACCAAUGCAUGUAUCUUAAUUUUAUAUUCACAUAAGAAUAAUAAAAAUGACUUAUUUUACCUUUUA